AUGGGUGUUGUCCUCAGUUAUCAUUCAAAGCUAAGCAAUCGAGCGGGUAUGAUGAGGGUGCUCGUUUUAGUGAUAACGUUAUUGGCUUCGGCAUUUGCUUCACAACUUCCGACAGCAGAUAACGUAGAAGAACUAGUUAGAACACACGCAAAACAUGAGUUAACAGAAACCGAAACUCAAGAGAUUCACAAAGUAUUAAAUUUUCUUCGUACACCAAAACAAAACACUGAACCUUGGAAUGACGCAUUCAUAGACUCGAGCAUCGAUUGCCUAGUAUGUCAGAGUGCAUUUGCAGCUGUAUUUGAAGGCGUCCGAAAUGGCCAAACCGACAAAGGAGUAACUGAUGUGAUCGUUAAUCUCUGCAUAAACCUCAACAUACAAAGCAAACACAUUUGCGAUGGAGCUGUUUCACUGAACAUACCAAUAAUAACACACAUCAUCAGAACUACGCCCGAAGCCACGCCAAGAUCGUUCUGUGGACACGUGUUGCAAAACGCUCACAACCCAAAUUUCUGUAGAGUCACCGAUCCCAGAUUUGAAUGGCAAGUAAAUCUACCACCACCAGCGACACCCAGCAACCCACCUCCGGUUGACACAAAACCGCUGAAAAUUGCCUUCAUUACGGACGCCCACAUCGAUCCUCUGUACGAAGCUUUCGGAGUAGCCGAGUGCGGAGAACCAACAUGUUGCAGAAAGGGACAGUCCUUACCGCAGUCCACAGUUGGAAGACCUGCACCGGCGGGAUACUGGGGUGAUUAUAGGAACUGUGAUACUCCACUAUGGGCAUACGACGAUCUUAUUGACCGAGUCGCAGAGACACAUAAGGAUAUAGAUGUAGUAUAUUAUGUCGGAGAUACCAUCGAUCACUUUGUAUGGGAAACGACAUACGAAUUAAUCAAUGACGUGAACCGCCAUCUCAUUAAAAAAAUGAGAUCAAGUUUCGGUGACGAUGUCUUGGUUAUACCAACUCUUGGCAACCAUGAAUCGCAACCUACGAACCAAUUUGCUCCGUCAUCGGUGAAAGGAGAAUACAUCAACACAACAUGGCUCUAUGACGCACUUGCCGAGAAAUGGGACCACUAUCUAACUGAAGCCGCAAAAGUCUCUAUGAAGGAUCGAGGAGAAUUCUCUAUACUAGUGCGACCAGGACUAAGAGUUAUUUCUUUAAAUAACAACGUAGCUUUCACAUCUAAUUGGUGGUUGGCGUACGAUCCUCUCGACGCGAAGAGACAUUUGGAUUGGUUGGUUAGCGAGUUGUCGAAAGCUGAACGAGCUGGAGAGAAAGUUCAUAUUAUUACCCAUGUUCCUCCUGGAGCUCGUGACUUGACUUUCACGUGGUCUAGGGAAUACAACAGGAUUGUGAACAGAUUCAGCGCAACAAUUGCAGCCGAAUUCAACGGACACACUCACGCAGAUCAAUUCAAGGUCUACGCAAAUCCAGAAGGAAAGCCCAUAAAUGUAGCGUGGGGCGGCGGUAGCGCUACCACUUACACCUUCUACAAUCUUAACUACAAAAUCGUUGAAAUCAAUCCUGCGACUUACGCGCCUGAAAACAUCGAAACAUACGUCUACAAUCUAACCGAAGCAAAUCUUAGGCCGAAUGUAAGACCACAUUGGUUCAAGCUUUACGAUAUGAAAAACACUUAUUCACUGCCUGACUUGUCUGCAGAAUCAAUGAACAAUUUAGUUAGGAGAAUGGUUACUACCGAUACGCAUUUGCUUAAUAUUUACGCCGCAUUCCACUUUAAAUUGAGUGAUUAUCGGGUACCACAUUGCCACAUGGACUGCAAGCUGAAUCAAAUGUGUAACAUAGUAACCACUGUUCUGUGGGACAGUCGAAGAUGCGAAGAAGUCCGACGGCUGCAUGCUCAGUAUUCAAACCGUGCAUUAAAUUAA